UCAGCGGAAUGACCACAACAUUGGCAAAACUUCCAAAUUCAGUUGAUAGCUUGAUGAUAGCUAUAUUUAUAAAGUAACGGUUUUGUCGCGCAUGCGCGCAUGCCAUUUCCUCGGUAAACUCAGGUCACAAGAGACAUUCCGGUGGUCGGUCGGUGGUUCGGGAUUGUUAGAAAAUUUCAGUCGUUUAUUUUGGCCAGAAACAAAGUUAUUGAAUAUCAAACUGGCUCAUCAGUUUUGGUUCUCGUUUCCGCCGCCAGGGGCGUCUGGUGGGAGUUCUUCAAGGCAAGCCGAUGAAGAAAAGGCAAAGGAACGGCAGAAAAAUGAAUCCUCCGAUCGGGAGCAACACCACAAGCAACAGAAGCUCGAUGCCGCCAACUGCAAGCGAGAGGCACGGGAAAUAAGGCAGCUCGACAACGAACUGUUGAAUCAGCGCAGAGCCCAAGAAAGGGAACGGCAAGCGCAGCUUGGUUCGGAACGUCAAGCAGCAGCAUUGGCCGCUGCUACGACGGGUGGUUCCGCCGGUGCCACGUCACCACCACCACCAACAUCAACAGGCCCAUCGUCGAAUAGCUCGAGUUUCCGUCAAACGGAACCGUUCUACGCGGAAAGCAGCAUUACAACGACACCGGGCCGAACGCCACCGACCACUAUAGCGGAGGAGAAAUCACCCAUUCUGGCCGGUGUCAAGACACCGCUUCUAGAAGACACACCAUUCGGUGGCACGAACCUAACGCUGGCGGAAACUUUGCAAACCAGUACGGCAGCAGUAACACCGAAGGAGGAAGAACAACGCAAUUCGGUCCUUGCCUCCGCCACAUCGCUUAAAGCAGUGCCGGAAAAAGGACUGCCCGAGACAUCGCACCUGCAAGACUUUCCAAAAGGUCGCCAGGACUCAACGGAAAGCGAAAUUUCGACAAUAUAUUCUCAGUCACAAUCGGAUGCCUGCCAUAAGAUGAUGUGCCGUGCUCCCAUAGCUUCACUCGAUUGCAUGGAGGAAUUUAGUGGCACGACUGCUCAGCUUGAUUUCGGUCGUUCCACCAGUUUGGGGUCCAAUCCGGCCAUACAGAUACGCAGCAAUGCAACUACUACGCCGGGUUUGCGGUACAAAAAUCUGGGCAAAAGUGGCCUGCGCGUCUCAAAUGUUGGUCUCGGCACAUGGCCCAUUUUCUCGCCGGGCGUAUCCGAGGAACAGGCGGAAGCGAUCCUUCGCCUCGCCGUUGAUAGCGGAAUCAAUUUGUUCGACCUUUCCGAAGCGCAUUCAGGUACACGUGCGGAAAUAGAGCUGGGCAAGAUUAUUCAAAAGGCAGGAUGGAAACGGACUAGCUUCGUCAUAACAACAAAAAUUUAUUGGAGCACAAAAUCCGAAGAGCGAGGAUUAUCGAGAAAACACAUCAUCGAAAGUGUCCAAGCGAGCCUGCAAAGGUUGCAGCUGCCAUACAUCGACGUCAUACUGGUGCACAAGGCGGACUCAAUGUGUCCGAUGGAAGAGAUUGUGCGAGCAAUGAAUUACGUCAUAUCGCAAGGAUGGUCGAUGUACUGGGGAACAGCGCGCUGGUCGCCCGUUGAGAUCAUGGAAGCCUACACCAACUGUCGCCAGUUCAACUGUGUGACACCGAUCGUGGAACAGUCGGAAUACCACAUGUUCUGUCGGGAGAAGGCGGAACUUUACCUGCCUGAGAUGUACAACAAAAUUGGUGUCGGAUUCAUGGCCUGGGGCCCACUGUCCAUGUGCUUGGGUGAUGCGCAGAAUGGCGAGAAGCUCUGGAUACCGAAGGGAUCGCUGAAAAGCAAAAGCCAAAGCUACUCCUGGAUCGAGGAUGAAGUAAACAAAGAAGAUCCGCAGGACGAAGCGCGCCGGCUGUACGACAAAGCGCGUGACAUUAGCAAUCUUGCGGAGAAGCUGGGCUGCAAUGCGGUACAACUGUCCAUUGCGUGGUCGCUCAAACACGAACCGGUCCAAUGUUUGCUGCUCGGUGCUACCUCUCCGGAACAGCUCCAUCAGAGUCUGCAAGCGCUACAGUUACUGCCACGGCUAUCGACCGGAGUAAUGAUGGAAAUAGAACGCAUCCUUGAAAACAAACCAGUGCGUCCUCCGCCAAUAUCUACGCUUGCCCUUCGGUGACAAUCAGCCUGCCCCCCGGGGCCUCCUAGCGAAAGCGGAGUUCCGUGUGGGGCAGAAUCGCCUAAAGAGGAAGACAUCAGCAUGGGUGAGGAGCAGAAAGAAUCGCAAAAGAUUAGCUUCUGCGAAAUUCAGUGACAAAACGAGAAUUUAGUAACCAGUAACCAAUUUGUAAACGUCGUCACUAGUGUUACGGAACGUAGCUCAGCACUAACGCUUCAAGACUGCUGCCAUACGCCAUCAACAAAGCAGCAGCAGCAGCAGCAGCAACAGCACCAACAGAACAUGCCAACAUGGCAGCAGCAAACGCGUCACCAGCACCAACUGCACAAUCCUGCACUGCAGUCGCAGCAGUCACAGCAUCAGCAGCAUCCACAGUAUCAGCAGCGUCAGCAGCGUAAUCAUCAACAGCAGCGAGUGCAAAAGCAGCUUGUAAGGCAUCCUAAACUUUGGAAGCAGCGGUAUGACCGAAAUGUUUUGAAACCCAGUCUUCUAAGCUUGGAGUCGCUGAGUGUCAGUUUGGAGAGUCUGUUUUAUGAACAGACGGGAGUAGAUAGCAAAUUUAACAAUUCCUCCACUGCUACUGGUACGAUGCAGUCGACAAGCAGUACCAUUAGCACCAGCACCAGCGGUGCUACCGGGUUCGGGGAGGAAAAGCAGCAGGUAAAUUGCUUACAGUCAAUUGACAACACGUUAAUAGGUGAGAAAAAAGUUAGGUAUAAGAUUUCGUGCAGCUUCAAAUCUCUGGACAACAACUGCAAAUCGCUGUUUAACUUUCUGCGCGGCAAGGGCACCACAAAUGGCAUUGCGCCAGCUAAAUCGAUACCGACAUCGGAAGAUUGUAAAGAAGAUACCCCAUCGCGCUCUGUCAAUACCGUGGUUGCGCAUCACCAGCCACAGCAUCACGGGUUUCGCAUGCUGUUGAAUCGCAAGCUGUUCAAUGACCGAAGAGACAGUGUGCUCCUCGCGCCAAAUGUUAAUGUCGCUGAGAGUUAAUUGGACGCUUGAAAAUUGCGUACCUUGUCAUGGGAACCUCCUUCUAUAAAGGAUAUUGUAUGACGACUAGCUCAAUCCUCAAAGCAAUCGAAGGCAAGACGCUAUAAUGGAGCAGAAGCGGUGCAGAAACAUUGUGUAAAGUCAAGUGUUUAUGGGGCGCUUCGUUUAUUGCUAAGGUAAAAACAUAGUCCGAGUUAUGGGAACAAGGCGAAAUAUGCAAUUGAAACAAACACACAGUUGUUAACGUCUAUACUUAUGAUGUUAAAUUUCUUAUAAUGAAAUUAUCACACAAACAUACACACACACAGACAAAAGGACACGCUAUCGUCAGGAUGAAAGCUGUUCGUUACGAAGCUUACAAUGACAUGGCGUGUAAGACAGACGGGGCAGUACACCAGUUUUAAGAAAAUAUUUCAAUCGUAUAAUAAGCUUGCUGUGCGGGCACAGAAAAACACGCCGAAAACACACAUACACACACGUGUCGAAGCAAAUGACUGGAGAAGGCAGCAGUUAAAUAUAGCUAGUAGCAGCGGAAAUGAAACGCGAUUAUUUAAUUCAAAGUAUGAGCGAAAGCAUAGCAUAUAAAUCGAUUCUAUUUCUAAGAAAGUCUAUACCGUUAGAAGGAAAAACAACAAUGUUUCAAAAACUCAUUCACUAUCUAUAUACUUAUACUCGUAUCGUUAUAAUAAGUUGCUUCCGAAUCUGCUACGAAAGGCUCGUGAUUGAUAAAAAAAACAACAACAGCAAAACAUAUAAGCGGACAACAACCAAACAAAGGAAACAAGAUGGUAAUGCCCAAAAGUACUUCAUUAUUGCAAGCAUAUUACCAACAUGCAAACAACAACUCUCGUAACAGCCUUUAUUACACAGUCAAAAAAACCAUACUGGAGAAACAGACAAAACGAGUAAAAGUUAAAGCUUAAGCAACUAUAUAGUUACAAAAUAACAAUCACACUGUGACCACAAAACAGCACAGAACGUUAACAUAAACAGACAACUCACCUGUACAUCACCCCGGGUCGCCUCUACUGUUCUGUCCCCUGUUUGCCACUAACGUACUAUUGAAAGCAAUUUAAAGGUGCAGCAUAUCAUCAUUAGUUAGGUUUAAAGCAAAUAUUAAAGUACAUAAAAGGGAGCUUAAUAGUUUGAAUUUUACGCAUCCUUUCUGUUUCUGUUCAUGUUUGCGCGAUCCGAAUAGGAUUUUUUACUCGUUGUAUCUAACAGUAAUAAUUGUUGCAAACUCUCGUAUCAAUAAGUUUCUAGACACUAUUUUACCGCAAUCAGCAUCUUCACAUUGAACAUAGGGCUAUCGCGAAAAUAGCGAUCGGGAAAACAUACACAGAAAUACUAUUAAAACAUUGCUCACAGGGUGUGCGAGCGUGCAUUGGUAGAUAAAUCGUGCUCAUAUAAAAAUUAAAAUUUAUAUUUCUAUCCGACCGAUACCUACAGAAACCGAAUUCAAGGGAAACCCAAAGAAACGUUAAAUAAGCUGUUAGCGAAUAAGCAAGCAUACCUAUCCGAUUAAGUGGUGGUGGUGAUACAAGCUGAUAGAAACGCAAAAUCAAACGUAGAGGAAAUCGAACGAAACCGUUUUUGCCAAUCUCAGAAUAGCCGAGCAGCAGCCUAAAGUGAUUUUUACAAGCAUCAAGCUAAUGGGGCGUAAUAUCGAUUAGUUAGAUAGAUACAAAGUAGAUUAAGCGGUUACGAUCGGCGAAAGGCCAUUGGGUUAUUGAGCGGCGGCCUAGAGCGAAUAUGCGACGAGUUAGAGUUACUUAUUUUUUCCUUUUCUUGGGGCAACGCAAACGGCUGCAGCGAGUCAUCGUUCUGACCCAGUCAAGAAUACAUGAAAGUACGACGGGAUUGUAAUGCGACAUGUGUAAGGAAACAAGAGGGAUUGUAUUAGUUGAUUCGAAUAUAAGAAACAAUCCUAUACGGAUUGUUCUACGGCAUGCUAAAUGUAGCCCAAAAAAAGUUGCUUUAUUGCUUCUAAAAGGCAUACGAAUACGAAGCUUCGGACAGGCAGCAAAAAGUGCGAUCAAUGACGGCAACAAUAUGGGCGUGACAAGAAGCACGAUUUUUGUAAACGAGCCGUAGCAAUAAGAAAAACGAUCGGCGAUCGAAAGAACAGUAGCAUACAGCAUUGCAAUUUACGCACUAUAGCGGGUCUACAAAGGCCAGUUAUUGCGCAAGGGAAAUCAAAACAGUGGAAAAGCAUCCGUCGUCAACAUUGCAACUGAAGAGAGUUGAACGAAUAUUCCAUCCUGAUCAAGCUCUAGCUCUAAUGCUCGAUAACAUUGUACUAGAGUUGGGCACAUUUUUUCCUCAUUGUUUAUAGCGUGUGCCCCACAACAGUUUACUUAUUAAAAAUUCAGUAGUGGGAAAGGAAGGAAAGGAAAAGUAUUUCAGUACAAUAUGAAUAAACGAAGCGAAACAAAAAGUAACAUAGAAAUAAGCAAGCACCCACUACUAAAUCGAUUAGGUAGAAGAAGUUGCGCAUAAACAUGAAGCUGGCAUUCUCGUAACCGAUGGACGCAGCAAUAAUGCACCGUAUAAACUAUAUAAAAAACAGCAAAGUACUAUCCCAUACGCUGGGAACUGCGCUAUAGGGAUUGAAGAAAACCAGGGCGGGUAACCGGAGUGGAUAACAUUUUUUGCAAUAUCAUUCUAAUAGCAAUGUAGUUUAACUAAGUUUAAAUAAAUACUCUUACCAUCCUUACACCCCCCCCCCCCCCCUCCGCUCACCUUUCCCAUCCUUCCCAAAUUACCACACUUCCUUGACAUCUGGAUGGGAGUAGCAAAGCCGUUGUAAAACGAAUUCUGCAACUAGAACAAAGCUCGAGAAUAAUAUAUUUAAUGAGUAGUGUAUACAUCUUAUAACAAAAGAAAGAGGAAGUAAAAAUUAAAGCAAACAAACAAUAAUUUUACUAUCUUCAGCUCUGCCAAAAGUGCAUCUUUUAGAAUAAUUAUAAAUCAAAACAACAAACCAAAGGAACAUGAUGAAUUCUAUGGAUGUGAACGGAACAGGAGCCUCCCCUGUGGAGUCUCACUCAAGUUCUACCAAACCGUCGAUAACGUGUGGAUGCAAUACAGUACACAAACACAGAAACACAUAGCCAUACACAACCGGCAAUCUACCCAUUUGGCACUUACAACUUAGCGACAUGAGCCACGAAAUGAAAGACAAACAAUAAAAAAAGGAAGAAAGUGGCCAUGUCUCUAUCUUGCUCUCUUAUGAAAUGAUUAUACUACUUUUGGUAAAUUCAUUUGUAAAAUGAAGCAAACACAAGUUUAAAAAAAAGCCCUAAAUUCAAAACAGAACAUUUACUCACAAAUAAAGUAGGAAACCAUCGAUAAGCAAACGCAACGCAUACGUAGAUAACGCAACCGAUUUAAUAAACGCUAAUUAAGUACACAAGCACCUGCAAGCAAAUGGCGAUACGCGGCGUUCGUAGCGUAUGCGUAGCAUCAGCGAUACGGGCUGGCGAUAAUGUAGUAGCUAGUGUGGCAGGUAAACACCUCUCAGUAGACGGUGUAAUGGCACGUGAUCAUGAAAAAGCAACGCAAAAGCAAAACCAACAAAUACAUUAGCGAUAGUAGCAAAACUAAGUAAAAGCAACAAAAAAAAACAACUAACGACACCAAUCGUAGUAAUUCGAAGUGUUCGAACACGGUUAAGAUGAAACUCGGCGUAGAAUGCAGACGAAACGUGUAGCAAGAGAGUUACAACAACCACAGACAAAAAUUGCACACAAAGACACAUCCACAGCAUUACUGCUAGGACACAAGGCUAACACAAGGCUAACAAUUGUUUACUAUUUUGCAAGCCUUCCUAUAUGUAAAGUGACGGGUUCAUGGCAGGGGCCUGUUUGACAAGAAACAUCUAUAUGCUAACUACUAAUGUUCUGUUAAACAAGACAACAACAACAACAUAAACAACAUUGUUACGACGAAGUCGCUAAAUAGCUAGCUUUCUUUAGAUAGCAUAUUUUAUCAUUUUGCUUUGAGCACUUCUACUACAAGCCUGUCGAUAUUAGUGAUUUUUCAAAACACGUUAUAUCUAUAAAUUUAAAUAAAAUGAUUCAAUAUUUUCUCUCAGCCAACCGGGCUGUAAGCAUAGAUGGUAGCGAGAUUAUCUAUACAAAUAAUGUGCAAAACAAAAAUUUAAAAAACAAAAAACACACACACGCGAGAAAGAACGUAUAACAAAGCAAAAAAAAAACGGUGGGGCUUACCGUUUUAUACCGUGCUGCUCAUGGAUACUAGAUGGCCAAGCUGCAUCCACACGAUCCUGCAGCCAGCAGGUGGAUGAACGAAUAACGGUUGACUAGCUAACGCCAAUGCAAAUUUCAACAUCUAUACUACUACACAAAAUUGGUGGAUGAAAAAAACCCACACCACAUACACACACACUUAGCUAACACUAAAAGAACAGCUAGUUACAUACCAUUUCAAAUUUUUCUUCUCAUGUAAGAGGGUUUAAAUCUUCGCAAAUGCGUACUAAUAAACAACACUUAACAAUUGUGAUAAAGAAACAAAAAGAACACUACAAAACUUGCUUGUACAUCGUAAUAUAACGUUUACUAAUUAUUGCACACCAAGAAAAACAAACACAACCAAAAUGAGGGAGAAGCAAAACAAACCAAAACACCUAACUCGUUAUAGUAGAUUUCUAACAAAACAAAAACUUCAACGAAUUAAAGCAGAUUAUUGGUAAAACCUUUUCGGGGUUUCAUCUAUCUUCACACUAAUUACACUAAUAAUUUGAUAGGUUUCUUUUACGUAUCCGUUUUACCAUGCAUGUAUGCGGUUUCGCACCACGAACAAGUACGUGUGCGUGUACAAAAGAAAAACAAAAAAAAAGGCUGUUGGAAGAAAGAACGCCAGUUUAAAAAAAAAUUUGGAAUGUACCUACAAAUUGCAUUUCCAUCUGACCAACGGUAAAAGUUUGAACAAUGACAGCCAGCCACGUGCAAUUGACGUUACGGAGCGUUACGAAAUCCUUCCCUGGUACGUCGUGUACCCAUUACCCAACACGUUUGAUUCGUUCAUACAUCUUUCACACAAAGAUACGCUAUAUGCACAGUAUAGCCUUUUCUUAGCCAUUCUUUUUUAACACAGAAUUUUUUU